AUGGCCAACUUCACAGAGCUAGAUGAUCAUGGCCUCAACUGUUGCAAUGUUCAACAAACCGAGACCGACAAAAUCAUGGAUAUUUCGCUGCCAUCGGAGACGGAGAGUUUCUACGAGCUGCUUUACCAACACAGCAACCAACUUUGCUUCAGUGAUCAGUUCGAAGAUUUUGAAAAUAUCAGCCACCAUUUCAACCUUCCAGCUAGCAGCAGAAAGAAGAAAGAGAAACAGGAGGAGAAACCCGGUAGCAAAAGAAGGAAGAAGAAGAAUUCUUCAUGUGUCUUGGAAUUUGAUGAAAUCAAAAAGCAUUUUGGGGUGAAGAUAACACAGGCAGCGAAGGAAAUGAAUGUUGGGUUGACCCUCCUCAAGAGAAGGUGCAGAGAGCUCAAUAUUGUGAGGUGGCCACACAGACAACUCAAGAGCUUGAAGUCAGUCAUCGAAAAUGUCAAGGAAUUGGGACUGGAAGAUGAGAUUGCGAAGUUGGAGAAGCACAAAAGCAUGUUGGAGAGAAUACCAGGAAUGAAGCUGAGUGAGGAAACAAAGAAACUGAGACAAUAUUGUUUUAAAGCUAAUUACAACAGGAGGAGGAGGAGAAAGCAGAACACACAAGGCUAA